GCUCCCCCUCUCUCUGCGCUAAGCACAGUUCGACGUAUCGAGUACUAUCGAAAUUAUUCGGCGAUCUUCGGCCAUUUCCGACUUUCAUGCUAGGUUUGUGACGGCGCCAUAUUGUACUAGCCUUCCUCCACGUUGUGGGAACACUAAGGAGCCAUGAGUUCCUUAAAGCUUCAGAAGAGGCUAGCUGCCUCUGUUAUGAGAUGUGGAAAGAAAAAAGUGUGGUUGGAUCCCAACGAAAUUAACGAAAUCGCCAACACCAAUUCUAGGCAAAAUAUCAGAAAGUUGAUUAAGGAUGGAAUAAUUAUUAAGAAACCUGUGGCAGUACAUUCAAGAGCCAGGGUUCGGAAGAAUACUGAAGCACGUAGAAAGGGUCGCCAUUGUGGCUUUGGAAAAAGAAAGGGUACAGCAAAUGCUCGUAUGCCCCAAAAGGAACUAUGGAUUAAAAGAAUGAGAGUUUUGCGUCGCCUGCUGAAGAAAUAUAAGGAAGCCAAGAAAAUUGAUCGACAUCUGUACCAUCAAUUGUACAUGAAGGCUAAAGGUAAUGUCUUCAAGAAUAAGCGUGUGCUGAUGGAAUUUAUCCACAAAAAGAAAGCUGAGAAAGCAAGAACAAAGAUGUUGAAGGAUCAGGCAGAAGCACGUAGGCAGAAAGUCAAGGAUGCCAAGAAACGAAGGGAGGAAAGAAUUAGUAAGAAGAAGCAAGAGCUUCAUCAGUCCUACAGAGACGAAGAUGCUGCGGCAGCAGCGGCUGCAACUGAUGGUGCAAAUGCUGCCUCACAGCAGUGUGAAAUUAACAAGAAGAAAAAGAAGAAGAAUUUGAAUGUAAGUACAUCUAAUUGUAAAUGUUCAGACAUCUCUGAAGUGCAGCAUAUCAAUGGUGAGAAGUGUUCUGCAACACAGUGUGCAAAUCCACAUGAAAUCAAACUUAGAGAAAUUCAUGAAAAUAUUGAAGAAGCACCUUCCAAAUCAAGAAAGUCUUCAAAACUCAAAAAAACAAAAGCAAUUGUUGAUUUAAAUUCUGCCCAAAACUCUGAUCUGAAGAAAGAGAGAUCUGAUCAAUCUGUAAAGAAAGAUUGUACAAAAUUGGGAUCAAAAACUAAUGCGCCAGAUGUGACUGAUUUACAUUUGGACAAGGAAAUUGAAAUAGCUAAGAAAGAAGGAAUUUCAAAGAAACGCAAGAAAAAAAACAAAGCUAGAAAAACUGAUAGUAUUGAAGUGUCUGAAGACUGUACUUCGGCUGACAUUCGUGAGAAGACUCAACAAGAAGCAAGAAAUGAUAAGAGAUCUAAGAAAACUCCUGUAAAUGACCCUGAAUGUGCUAAAGAAAAUGAAAAAUAUGAGGAUGUAACUAAAAGAAGCACAGAAGAGAAAUCCUGUGAUAGUCAGACCAACAGUGAUUAUAAGAGACUUAGCAAAUCCAAGCGAAGACGAAAUCGUAAAAAGAGAAUUUUAGCUGCAUUAGGGUUGACUGGAAGUUCUCAGUCUAAGACAAGUAAGACAAGGAGGAGGAAGUCAAACGCAUCAGCAGCAUGCAAAGAGAGUGCAGAGGAUUCCAGUUGCCAUGUAAUAGAUGUAGACAAUUCUUGUCCUGAUACAGUGUGUGUGAAAAAUGAAGAUAAACCAUUUUCUCAGAAUUUAGAAAAGAUCUGUCGAUCAGUUGACAUUGUUUCUUCUGCAUCUGAGAGGAAACCACUGAAUACACCUGAACAGAUUGAGGAGAAGUCUACUGAAAAGAAAUUAUCUGAAGGCAAAGAUAGAGACAAAAUUGAAGUUCUGUUACCUCUGUGUAAUUUUAAGGAUGAUCAUUCUUCAUUAAACAAUUCUUUGUGUUGUGAUGCUUCUUUGGGAGUAAAAGCAGGGAAUUCUAAUAUAUUGAAAGAAAGUGCCAAAGACAUUGAUAAAGUACUGGUUGAGACUAAAAUUUUGCCAUCUGGUAGUGUGAAGCAAGUUAUUGAAGCGCCAUCGACUUUAUCAUCCAGAAAAGAAGAAACUUUUACUGAUAAAGUUAAUAUUCCUAAUUUUCUAUCUCAUGAUAAUGUAGAGGGACUAUUUCGAAGUGCUUUACUUAAUGACAUAACUUUGUCUUCUCGAUGUUCAGAAAAGGAAGUGAAGAAUUUUUUCAAUACUUAUGGUACUUUUUCUGAGAAAAACAGAUCCCAGUUUGCUGAAGUAGAAAAACUUUUGUUGUCUAGUAAUAAAAUUGAGGAAUCUGGGGAAUCACCACUGUUUGAAUGUGAAAAGUCUGCAGGUGUAUCAUCUCUAGAGAAGGCACCAUUUGAUUACCGAAGCUCAUGUUUAACAGCUUCUAAUUCAGAGAUAUCUGGUAGCGAUAAGUUUUCUUGUGAUUCCAUUGAUACAGGAGGAAAACCUGAUUGUGAAGAACACAGUUCAAAUAAUACUUUCCUGAAUUCAACUUGUUCUUCUGGAAGUAGUUUAAAUACCACUGAUAACGUGUGUUUAAAUAAAGGUUCUGGCUGGGGACCCAUUUACACAAGUCCAAAUCCUGAAAAUAGGGUAAUAAAUAGUGUAAACAGCCCACAAAUUCUGCGUGAAAAUAAAACAGCACUGCCACCUCUUUCUUCAAGUUUUAACAGUUCCUUAUCAAGGCCAGAAAAAUCUGAGUCUAGACUUCUGGAAAUUGUGGAGAAUGUUUUACUUGUACAUGAACGAGUCCGGGAGCAGUUAACAUCUGAAAAAAAGCUAUCUUCUCAGAGAUAUUGCCCAAACAUAUCUGGAACUGGGCUAUUUAAUACUGCUGAAACUAAAGAAUUUCAGGAAAAGGAUUUACAAACGAUUAGAAACAAGAAUUCCUCUGUUAAUUCUUCACUUAAAAAUAACAAGAGUGAUUUUGAGUCUGCUGAAGAUCAGGGUCAGCUGUUUAAGUUAGACCGUUCUUCCAAUACUAGUGUAGUAAGACCUUUGCACGAGUGUCUUGCAUCUUGUCUGUGCCCUGAAGAAUCAGAGCAAGAAAAUUCUAUUAAACACGAUAAGACUGACUCUGAUAUAUCCAAGAUGCAGCGUUCUGAAAAAACAAAAGAGGAAAUUAAAGCAGAGAGAGAAGCAAAGAAAAUGGCCAAAAUGGCUCGGAAAAUGAAAGGUGCUUCUCCUCAAGAUCCAACUACUACUAAUUGUGCCAGUGGAGGAGAUACAAAAAUUGAAAAUAAGAAUGAUCCUGUUAAAGCACAGAGCAUGUCUAAAGAACUUUCUAUUGUUCCUCCUUCCCCUGCAGUGAAUGUUGAGAAAGUUCCAAAGAAUGAGAAGAAAGAUGCUUCUGCAAAAAAUCAGUCGGCCGGUGGUGCUAUAGAUACUCCUAAAGGGGAUGUGGUGGAUGGAGAAAUCUCCAAGAGCAAAGCAGAACUAAGAGCUGAAAGGAGAGCCAAACAAGAUGCGCAAAGAGCUGCUAAAGCUCAGCAGCAGCAGCAACAACAACAACAACAACAACAGAAACAAGUGCAACAAGGAGUGAAACUUGGAAAAUCUUCUGUACAAACAGAAAAGAAUACAGUUAUUUCUGCUGAGCCUACUGUGAAAUCUGCAUCAGUGAAAUUGACAAGGUCUUCAGACAUUGGAAAAGAGAUUAUUAAACCCGUUGUAAAGCACAAAGUGAAGUUAUUUAAUCAUCUUUAUGUUAAACAAGAAGCCAGUGUACCCAAAAGCAUAUCUGCUACAUCUCACCUGCAUCCUGCUAUAAUUCGUUUGGGUGUCCAAUACGCUACAAAAGUUGUUGUUGGUUCCAAUGCUAGAUGUUUAGGUUUAUUGAGUGCAGUGAAACAGGUAAUUGAAGACUUCAAAACACCACCUCAACAAGAAUUUUCUCGUGGGUUGGAAGCAAUAUUGCAGCCAUCAAUGGCUUUUCUACAGGAGUGCCGGCCAUUGUCAGUGUCAAUGACAAGUGCAAUCAGGCAUCUGAAAUGGCAGAUGAGGAACUUGCCCAAUAACAUAUCAGAUAUAGAUGCCAAGCGGAAAUUGCAAGAAGUAAUUGAUACGUACAUUCGUGAGCAAUUAGAAGUUGCUGGGCAAGCAAUUUGUAAUACUGUGAUUCGUUACAUUUCGAAUGGUAGUGUUAUAUUAACAUAUGGAUGCUCAUCUUUACUUCAGAGAAUUCUCAUUAAAGCGCACAAGAGUGGAACAAAGUUUAGGGUAAUUGUAGUUGAUGCAAGACCAUGGCGGGAAGGAAAGGAAAUGCUUCGAAGAUUAGUUGAAAAUGGAUUACAUUGUUCAUACGUUCUUAUUACUGCUGCUAGUUUCAUGAUGAGAGAGGCUACAAGGGUUUUUCUUGGAGCUCAUGCAAUACUUGCUAAUGGCUAUGUAAUGUCACGAGCAGGCUCAUCUCAAAUUGCUUUGCUGGCUCGUUCUUAUAACGUUCCAGUACUUGUGUGCUGCGAAACUCAUAAAUUCAGUGAAAGAGUUCAGACUGACUCUAUAGUGUAUAAUGAACUAGGUGCACCCGAUGAAUUAGUUACAGCAGAUUCGUGUUCCAGAGACCACCCCCUCUCCAAGUGGAAAACAAUAAACACCUUAACCCCUCUCAAUAUAACCUAUGAUGUAACUCCACCAAAUAUGGUAACUGCUGUAAUAACUGAGUUGGCAGUUCUUCCAUGUACUAGUGUUCCAGUCAUAUUGCGUGUAAAGCCUACCUGUUAAGGUCUUAGUAGUAUUAAUUGUCAAGUUGGAUCUGGCUUAUUUCACAUGUGUAUGCUUGUCAUAUGUGAAUGAUGAGCAUGGUUUAUACAAUUAUCUUUCCAAUAGUGAGUAUUCCGAGAAUGUUCCUGACUUUUCCUUAUUUUUUUAAUUAAAAUGUAAAAUGAUUUAUUGUAAAUUAUACUUAAUUUUUUGUUUAUAUAAUUAUAAGAGCUAUUUGUCUGAACAAUUUUGUAAAGUAUUGGUGCUGAUAUUUUAUAACUUAAUCCAUAACUAUCUUUUGAAGGAGAAGAGGUUGUUUGUAAGACUAUAUAUAUAUAUACACAUGGAAAUUGUACAGCACAUAAGAAUCAGAGCACAAGGGGAUGAGAUUUUUAUGAGUAAUGAGGUGAUGGAUGAAAACUGCAUAGUAAUGUUAAUAUUACGGGACGUGUAUGUGCAUUUUCUGGUUUAGUUGUCAAGAUUUCUUGAAUGUAAAGAGUUUUGUGAUUGUUUCUUGAUAAACGUUAGUUAUUAGAGCUGCUAAUGUCUCUAAAUAUUUUUAUUUUACUGCGAGUUUGUUACUUUUCUUUGGCAAUAUUUUGCUUAGUGUACUGAUCAUCAGCCCCGUUAUGAAACAUUGGAAACUGAAAGCAAAAACUGUAAGCCAAACUUGUAUGAUGCAGUUGUAGAACACUGCUGCACAAAAUAUGUAAAAUAAAAUCAAAAUUAUGUAUUGUAUUUUUUCUAAUAUGU